GUCCAUGCUCUGACUCAAGAUACUUAUCGAUAAGACUCCCCUACCCCUCGCUCCCAAUAGCAACAACAGCAGAAGAAGAAGAAAAAAACAAUAGUGGGGAGAAAGAUUAACGAUAUCAUCAGAUUCUAAUGUCUAACCCUUCAAGCGACGAAAUGUCCCGUCUCUUCCUCCCGCCAAUAAACCGCGCUAUGCGAACACUCGAUCCAUCAUUCUUUCAAAAGACCAUCCCACUGACGGCAGCGCAUGUUCUGGAUGGGAGGAACAUACCCAGGGUUACGAAGGAGUGUGCGAGGGAUUUGUUGCGGGUCCCACGCCUGCGGAGUGUGAUUACGCAGAAGGAUGACGCGGGGAUGGAGAGAAAGUUGCUGCUGCUGAGGCCUGAGGUUAAACACGAUGAUUUGUCCACCGCCCAGCCGAAGACGAGGGAAUUUGUGGAGGAGAGGAUUAUUAAGUUGGAGCCGUACACUCUGCACAUGAAAUAUGAGAGCUGGAAUUAUGAAGAAAUAAUGAACGCGAUUCUCCCAGAAGACCUCGAAGAGAUUCCCUGCGCUUUCACGCAGGCCGGGCACCUCGCGCACCUAAACCUUCGUGAACAAUACCUCCCCUACAAACACCUGAUAGCCACCGUUCUCCUGGACAAGAACCCGAAUGUAUCCACCGUGGUGAACAAGAUUGAGGACGUGGGUACAGGCUCGGUAUACAGAACUUUCCCCAUGGAGCUCCUCGCUGGCCAGGAUAAUACGAACGUGGAGGUCCGGGAAUCUGGCUGCGUGUUCAGGUUUGACUUUGCCAAGCCUGGGGAGGCGGUAGCGGAUGUGAUGGCCGGCGUGGGACCGUUCGCUAUCCCGGCAGCGAAGCAGAGAGUCUUCGUCUAUGCGAACGACUUGAAUCCAGAGAGCUACAAGAGUCUAGUAGGCAAUAUUCACGUCAAUAAGGUCUCCCAAUUCCUAACUCCCCACAACCUCGACGGCGCAAACUUCAUCCGCGAAUCCAUCCGCACCCUCCUCUCCCGCUCCCGGAACCCUUCAACAAGCAAGGUCUCCAUUCCAACGCCCGGAAAGCGCGGCCAGAAGCGUCCUCCCCCUCCGACGGUGAUCCCGGUACCGCCCACGUUUUCCCACUUCGUGAUGAACCUCCCCGCUUCCGCUACCACGUUCCUGGGUGCUUUCCGCGGAGCGUAUCGUGGUCUUGAGGAUGUAGUCACGGGUCAGGAGAUGUUACCGAUAAUCCACGUCUACACAUUUCAUAAGUCGUCGGUGACGGAGAAUGCUGCGGGGGACAUAUGCGCGGAUAUAAGCAGACAUCUGGGGCGCGAGAUGGGGGAGGGUGAUUUGGAGAAUUUAGAGAACGUUAGGCUCGUGUCGCCUAACAAGACUUAUUAUUGUGUUUCUUUUAGGCUACCAGCUAAUGUUGCGUUUGAAGACGCUCAAGUAGCUUAGAGGGUGGUCCCUUUUCCUCUCUCUUUCUCGUUUG